UCUGCAUUUGAUUGAAUGUUGAGUUGAAUACUAAUUUAAAUUUUAGCAAUAGUGCAAUAAAUAAAUAACAGUUUUGCCAAAAUAGGUAAAUAGCUAACCGGAUGUACCGUUUGCAUUUGAUAAUAUUUAGCAGUGAUUUCAAUAUUGAGGACAGAAGGAUAUAAGAUUUUUAUUUAUUUCAGUAAUUUAUUAAAAAAAAAAAAAAUGAAGUAUAGCUAUAUUUCCACAUGGAUUAUUUUGCUAUAUCUAGAUCGGAGUUAUUCACAGUUGAAUCCUUGUUCUGGACAGAUCGUUGGCGAGAGUAACCCCCAAGGCGGAUCGCUGGGUCAAACUAACAGAUAUUUCCUCGUAUGUGAUGCGAGUUAUACGUUCGAUUGUUGUGGUUUGAUAAACAGGUGGCUUUAUAAAGCGGAAGUUGCAGCAGCGGUUGAGUUACAGGUAUGGCGACCUACUACGACCGGAAACUAUCGACUUAUCGGCUCGACUGCACAUACUGCCACAUCAGCAAAUGAAGAUGUGGAUUUUACUGUUACAACUCAAUACCUUGUGAAGCCAGAUGAUUGCAUAGGGUGGUAUGCUGCUGGGCCUGAAGUAGUUGGCAAUAGAAAUACUGGAACUAUAGUUCCUGGCAAGUAUCAAGCUGCAGGCUCCGUCAAUACUGCUACGGAUGUAGACUGGUCUGGUACGUCUACUGCAUCCAGGGAAUGGGGAAUAGGGGCACACGUUGUAAGAUCCACGAAUCCAACAUUCUCCGGGCCAGCUGUCGGUACUAUAUUAAAUACGGCCGCAGUAAAUGAUCUCGUUGAAACAGUAACAUUUAUUGACGUCGAUAAUGCGGACGAGCUUGUAUUGACAAUGACAGACACGUAUUUUUAUCUAUCUGACAACGGCGAUGGAACGGCAUCAAUUUUUGUGAAGACUUCGCUGACUGGUCAGGAUGGGACUAGAACUUUGAGUAUUACCGCUACAGAUCUCUGUGAGCAAACUGUGACGGCUACUGUUGUGAUUACUAUUACAAAUAUACCGCCAAUACUCAGCGGUCUUUCAAGUUCUACUUCUACACCCGAAUGCAUCACUUCGGAAGUUAUCCUUUCAACAUUCACAUGUAGCGACACUUCUGGAAUUGCUGACGUGUCAAUAUCAGUUUCUCCUGCAAACAACUCAUCUUUUUUCUUCACAAACCUUACUGGCGUAGCUACCGAUGAAUAUGGGCUAUAUGCACGGUCGCAGGUCAGUGCCUCGCUGGGACAAUUCAAUUAUUUUAGUCAACGAGAUUAUACAAUAACAGUUGUCUGUGAUGAUAGACUGGACAGUGUCAGUGAGAAUAUAACAGUUAAUCUCAUACCGAACGCGCCUCCAGUAAUCAAUAAUCUACCAGGGACAGGGACAUUACUCACUGUAAAUACGUCUACCACGCCUGGCACCAUAGUUUUUACAGUUGAUUAUACCGAUCCCGAGGACAAUACGGUCAACGUUACCUUUACCGCAGAUCCUUCAGAUUGUCCAUUUGCAGUUUUAAACUCGGGCGAUGUGAUUGUACUUGAUACAAUAACUACGUUCAGCUCCUCUGCAUGUAACAUCCUUGUUGGCGUGGCCGACAAAAGAAACUCCGGCAUUAGCAGGACCCUGAGUAUCAUUUUGAACGUGGUUACAGAGGCAACCACAUCAUCUACUUCCGACAGAUACAAAACAUUUUUUGAUGACACACGGAAUAUUAUUUGGUUCGUGCUACUAAUGGUACUUCUCGCAAUUACGGCUGUUGUGACACUAUUUGUCUGUUGUAACUACGUCUGUAUGCCAUCCUGCUGCAAAUGCCCAUGUGUAGGCGGAAAGAGAAGGUUUGGCUCGAAACCGCGUCAUAUUCAAAGGGGAUACACAACACCUCCAACGAAGCCUAAGAGACCAAAUGAUUCACAAAUGAUGUCCGUUCGCCCGCCUCCUCCAAAAGCACAUGGUUGGGAAAAAGAUGUGGACAGAUAUUAAAUUUCUAACGAGAGCGAGUGAAACUGGAACCCUUUCAAUACAUUUAUUUGCUAUAAGAAUUAAUUGUAUCCAGUUUGUUUUAUGUUUGCAUGUUUGAGUGUUAUUCAUACAUGCUGCAAUGAAAGUAAUUAUUUAAAGGUAACUGUAACAUUACAAUAAGUAUGAGCAUCAGUGAAUUGACAUUAUGAACAUAAAUUCCUUAAAAUAACGUUACCUGUGACAGAUUUGUUUUACGGUUAUUUAUCAACAUUCACUAUAUAGAUGUAUAAUUAUUUCUGUUAGGUGUGCAGAACGAAGAAUUUGUUAUAUAUGUUGUUCAUGGCACAGCUAUUUUGAUUACAGUUUCAGAAAUUCCCAUUCAUUUUUAGUAUUUUCAAUUUCAUGUUCAGUAAUUUCCAUUAUAAAUUCAGUAAUCAUUCAUAUAACAAUUGUAUUUCGAUCAUGUUUACAAUUUUAGUGAUUUUUCAUGUGCAAAACAUAUUCAGAGUAGCUAUGAAUGAGUAGCUAUUUGAGGUGAGAACGUUCUUAAAAAUUUGAGACGCAUUUUAAGUAACCAAGUCUAUUUUGUUGUUUCAGCACAAUACACAAUGCAUUUUAUCAGUGAGCUUCUUUAGUUGAAUGCAUUAAAUAAAACACUUACUUCAUGUAAAACCGGGCAAAUUCCAAAUUUAUGUACCUGACAAAGGUGAUAUUCAUCUCACCAUCAAUAGCUGUUAUUUAUAUGAGCUGCGCCUUAAGAAAACCAACAUAGUGCGUUUGUGACCAGCAUGGAUCCAGACCAGCCUGCGCAUCCGCACAGUCUGGUCAGGCUCCAUGCUGUUCGCUUUCAAAUCCUACUGCAAUUAGAGAAACAGCAAACAACGUGGAUCCUGACCAGACUGCGCGGAUACGCAGGCUGGACUGGAUCCAUGCUGAUUGCAAACGCACUAUGUUGGUAUUCUCAUGAGAAAGUAUGGUAAUGACACGUUUUAAGACAUAUAUCUCUUUUGAGUUGUGUCGAUAAAUUGAUUGAAAGAAUAAAACAAAACUACUUACAUGUAAUAUACAACCAUCUUCACGACAGUAAACUUCAGUCUAUUUUAGAAUUUUAAUUCGAGUAAAAUAGAGGCAAUUAUAUUUUCAAACGUAUACAAACGCAUACUAUUAACCUUACUUAGUACAAUAUAUCAAAUAAAUUUGUUAGUGAUCACAAGCAAUUUCGUGUGACUUUUAGCAACGGAAAACAAUAAAGGCACACUUAAAAUGUUUUAUUUUAAGGAGAGUACAACUGUAAGCUAAUAUAGCUUUCUGUUCAAUUCCCCAACAAUUAUUUUUUUAAUGAAUGAAGAAUUGCUGAAUCAAAAAUAUACCCAGUUUCCUUUACAUAGGUUACUGACCGUUCCAAGGCGAGGCUGUGCCCCCAUUUUCAACUUUCUGCCUGUCUUGUAUUUUGUGUUGCGUACUAGCAUUUAGGAGUAACCAGUCGCUUUUAUUAAUAUAUUUGAAAGGUUACUGGAAUGAACCACUUCAGUAAAGUGGUACCCUACCUUAUUUAUAUCUUAUUUCUAUAAUAAAUAUUUAAAUGACUGCCUCCUUCGACAAUUAGACGCCGUGUGCAGUGAUAAGCGUGACGGCUUUAGAAUCUAACUUUUGUGAGUUCGAAUUCCAACGGAAAUCAAUACUUUUUUUUCAUUUUAUAUUUUGCUAACAUACAUUUUAAAAUGAUGAUAAUGUUAAAUAUGUGUUUGAAUUGCAUUACUUGUAUCAUUUUGCUUUUUUUCGCAUAUAAUAUAGGUUUUACAAAUAUCUUCUUGAUUGUGAAUUAUUCAACAUAGUUGACAUAUCUCUUUACAAUUUGGUCACUCAACUAACUGAUGACACUGAUUCGGAGGAAACCGACACCGCCAGCGAGUGUGAGGAUGCUCCAUUGGACGCGUGUGUUUGAAAUAUAUUGAAUGUAUUGAAAUUGUAUGAAUGAAAGUAAAAAUGAAAUUGAAAUGAUGAAAUAAAAUGAAAUAAUAAUAAUAAACAUGAAAAAUAUAAAUAAAACAAAUUCAAUCAUCAACCAAAUCGCCCUGUGUGGGAUUCGAACCCACAGCCUCCUAAUCGCAAAAGUUAAAUGACUAGCAAGAUUCCUCAAUUCUACCAACUGGGCUACCGAGGGAAUUUCGAUAUAUACAUUAUUGGAAAUAUAUUUAUAGUUUUAAAUAAGUCGAAUAUCUUUCAAACUCUUAUUUAAUCAAAACACUGAUAGUACUGAUGGGUCGGGACAAUUCAGCUAUAUUUAAUAAUCUCCAGGGUUCAUACAGAAAUCUGGGAACUUAAUUCAAGGACUUUCCAAGGACAAAUUGGCAUUUUCAAGGACCUGUACGGCGCUCCAUUUUUUAGACUGUUACAGUUUUUCUUUGGUGUUUAUACUUUGAAAAACAUUUAUCAAACUAUUUAAACCAUAAAUAUUGUUCAAAACUUUCGCUAUUUCGAAUUUACAUAAGCUAUCAGCUUGUUUUCCAAUCCAUGUAUUUGACAUGUAAAAAUUUGUUGUACAUGUUAUGUGUAUAUUGCUUCAAAAAUAAAAUAUUGUUUAAACUAAAA